CCCUUAUAACUGCUCGGCGCGGCGCGGGCGGGAUCGCUGCCCGAGGGCUCCCCCAGCACCCAGGGGCUCCCUCGCUGCCCUCUGACGCGCGGGAAGCAGCCCAGGCACAGCGGACCAGAAUGGCUGCAACAGCCCCUCGCACUUGCCGCUCAAGCCUGGACCCCAGAUACUUCAGACUUUGUGAUACGACUGAAAUUUGGGGCAUUGUCCUGGAGGCAGUGGCCGCGUUUGGGGCCGUGACCUCAGUCGCCUUUAUGCUGGCUCUCCUGAUCCUCAUCUACAAGGUGCAGGAUUCCAGCAGGCGAAGGGUGCUCCCGACGCAGUUUCUCUUCCUCUUGGGUGUGCUGGGCAUCUUCGGCCUCACCUUCGCCUUUAUCAUCAGGCUUGAUGGGGGCACGGGGCCCACACGCUUCUUCCUCUUUGGCAUCCUCUUCUCCCUCUGCUUCUCCUGCCUCCUGGCCCAUGCCUUCAACUUGACGAGGCUGGUCCGCGGGAAGAAGCCCCUCUCCUUGCUGAUGAUGCUGGGCCUGGCUGUGGCUUUCAGCCUGGUGCAGGAUGUCAUUGCCAUUGAAUUUGUCAUCCUCACCAUGAACAGGACCAAUGUUGAAAUCUUUUCUGAGCUCUCUGCUCCUCGUCGCAAUGAAGACUUUGUCAUGUUGCUCAUCUACGUCCUCCUCUUGAUGGCCCUGACCCUCCUCACGUCUUCCUUCACCUUCUGUGGAGCCUUCAGUGGCUGGAAGAGACACGGGGCCCACAUCUACCUCACCACGCUCCUCUCCAUCACCAUCUGGGUGGCAUGGAUCACCCUGCUUUUGAUUCCUACUCCUGGCUCUGACUGGGAUGACACCAUCCUCAGCUCAGCCUUGGUUGCUAAUGGCUGGGUUUUCCUCUUGGUUUAUGUUGUACCUGAGUUUCAGCUGCUCACAAGGCAACACAACCCCAUGGAUUACCCUGUGGAGGAUGCUUUAUGUAAACCGCAACUCAUGAAGCAGAGCUACGGUGUGGAGAACAGAGCCUACUCUCAAGAGGAAAUAACUCAAGGUUUUGAAGACACAGGUGAUACCUUCUAUGCCCCUUAUUCCACCCAUUUCCAGCUGCAGAAUCGGACCCUGCAGAAGGAUUUCUCCAUUCCACGGGCCCACUCGCAGGUCAGCCCUUACAGUGACUAUGAAGGGAGGAAAGAGGGCAAUUAAGUCUGCCCUGAAGAGUGGGACGACCACAGCAAGGCAGCAGAACCAGCGGGGAGUACAAAGGGAUAUGGGCUAAAUCCGGACUCUACUAAGAAAACUGAACACAAUCUUACAGGCAGAGCUUGCCUUCCUCCCAAUCUCAACCACCACUAUGCUGCUUUGGAGGUGGUGGGGUUAAUGGGACUCAAGGUCUUAGUUGCAUUGUAGUAUUUUUCCUUUGUUCCAUACUUAGGAUACUUCUUUUGAGUGGGAGUCUCAGGCAAAUCAGGGUUGGAAUCUUACUUUUCCCUGUCAUUUUAUAUGUGACUGAAGAUCUGGGCAUCUGGCUCCAUAUGGACUCAAUCAACCUGGGAAGCCAACUCAUCCAACUUGAGGUGGGUUUUCUGAAAAUCACUUGGCUCAGAGCAAGGUGGAAAUUCUGAGCAAAAUAGUAAAGGCCUUUCUCUCAGCCCCACCUUGCUUUAAAUCUACACUGGAAGCCAACUUGCUGGCACCCUCCUUUCUCUACAUUUACUCAUCCCAGUGGCACUGCCUAGCAUAGGACAUUUAUGGCUCCCCAGCACCAAUUCAGAGGCCACCCCUUUCUUUCUAGCACCACUCCCAAACUUUCUGUCAAUCCCUAGACCUAAUCUCCCCCAAAUGUUUUAACAAGAAUUCUUCUUUUGGACCUCAUUAACAUGGAAAGCCCAAUUUCCCUUUGCCAGGAGAAUUUGUGCACUGUUCUUGCUGUAAAUUCCUGGCAUGGCUCCUUCUCCCAUUCCCUGGCUCCUAACUCUCUGUAAAUAGAUGUACAUUGUGUCCUCCCCACCGUGUGUGCAAGUGGGCAUUGUCUACUAAUGGGGUGUUGUUCUUUGUGAAUAAGUUAUUCACAAUUCCUCACCUGGAAUACACAAUAAAGAUGUGGUGUCAACUUUU